AUGCUGCAAAAAUUGACCAGAGAAUUCGCCAACCAUGGCAUGCCCAUCUGCUGCGACAUCUACACCGACGACGACUAUCCCACCGACACACCUGUCGUCUUGUACUUCCACGCAGGAGGACUAGUUGGCUGGGGACGAAGCGCAGUGCCCCCAUGGCUCGUUCAAACCUGCUGGCAGCGUAAAUGGCCUCUCAUAAGCGCAAGCUACCGCCUCAUGCCGCAGACCACCUCCAAAGGUCUCAUGGAAGACAUCACCGCCGCCUAUGAAUUCGCCCAAAACUGGCAAGCAGACGGGAAGAAACGCCGCGUCAUUGCCGCCGGCAGCAGCUUCUUCCCCUGCGCGAUGCUCGCGCACCACAACCCCGUCAAGCCGCUCGCCCUCCUCUCCGCCCAGGGCAUCAACUCCUUCCGCCACAAGUUCUUCAACUCAUCCACCAUGCUUACACCGGAGCCCAUACCCGAGUCUGUCAUGGCGCCCAUCAUUGCAGGACCGAUUGUCGUGGGGGAGACUCCCGCUGGCGAUCCCUCUGCCUUUGAUGUGAAUAAGCUGAGGGCGGAUGGAUCUAGAAACCCGGAUUACAAGGCCCCGCCUCGUGUGGAAUCCGAUGAUAAUGAUCCUGAUAAUCUGAGGGGCAUGCUGUACGACUACUACAUCUACAGGAAUGAAUGGGUUGACCUGCUGGGUGAUAUUGACCCGGGGUAUGCGUGGGCCAAGGACGGCACAGAUGAGGCGAAGGCUCGGCUGGAUAACUGGCCGCCUACUGUGAUUUUCCAUGGGAAUGCUGAUCCUGAUGUUGAGUUGGGGGUGAGUGAGGAGAUGAGAGAUUACCUUGGUGAGAACAAGGUGACGCUGUUGGUUGCAGAUGGUAUGCAUCAUCUGUAUGAACUGACCAAGUUUAUCGAGGAGGAUUCCCCAGGCAUGGAUACCGUCAGGGAAGUCGUGAAGCGACUUGAUGAAAUUGUCCUUCAGCAGUCCUAG